AUGCCUCCCGCAAGGCCUCAGUCGUCGAUCCGUAGGGAGUCUUCUCCCUACACCAGACCAGCGUCAAGCUCACAGCUGGGCACCCUUCCUUCCAGGUCAUCAAUCCCUCGUACAACAUCUUCUUCCACCCCUCACCCAAGUGCCGUUCCCCUGAGACCCAGUACUUCUGUCAGCCAACACUCCUCCUACUCUUACGGCGGUACCCGAUCGGUCACUAGUUCAUCACACCCUUCGGCACCGCGUCGACGUGCCAGUACUGCUUCUGGGCGAAGGCCUCGCUCAACCGCCUCCGUUUGGGGGUCCGACUCGCACGAGAUCGUGUGCGCCGUCAGUGAAGCUCGUGGUGUUUCCCCUGCAGUCGGCCUCGCUUUCGUGAACAUUACUACCAAUGAGGCUAUUCUCAGCCAGAUAUGUGACUCUCAAUUCUACGUCAAGACGAUUCACAAAAUUCAGCUGUAUGAGCCAUCGACUAUUUUGAUGGUCACCACGGCGUUUCCGCCAAACCAGCAGUCCAAUCUCCUUUCCAUUUUCGAAGAGGAACUCCCUGGUACGCCCAUUGAGCCUCUCGACCGUAAGUAUUGGUCCGAACAUGCUGGACUCGAGUCUAUUCAGACUCUGGCUUUCCGAGAAGAUCUUGAAGCCAUCAAGGUGGCGAUCGGGGGUAAUUUCUAUGCUACUUGCGCCUUUGCCGCGGCUAUCAAGUAUGUCGAGCUCUCUUGUCGUGUUUCCAUUAUGUCGCACUCGUUACGUGUCAGAUAUCAACCAUCAGAGGAUACGAUGAUGAUCGACAUAUCUACCAUCCAUUCCCUCGAACUCAUCCAGAACCUGCAGAACGCCAAGUCCAAGGAUUGCCUCUUUGGCCUCUUGAAUGAGACCUUGACGCCUAUGGGAUCAAGAUUCCUGCGAAGCAAUAUCCUUCAACCAUCCAGCCAGGUCGAUACGCUUUGUCCACGCCUCGAUGCCUUGGAUGAACUUACAGUCAAAGAAGAUAUGUUCUUCGAGAUUCGCCGAGCCCUCAAGGAUUUUACCGAUGUGGAAAAGCUCUUGACUGCUCUUGUCCUGGUGACUAAUCAGUCAUCCAUCGACAUAUCCAAGCAAGCCAUUAAUCAGGUGCUGCAUGUGAAGGCAUUUGUGAUUGCUGUUCCAUCGCUGCAUGAAGCCUUGGGAGCUGCGCGAUCGGACCUUCUAGUCAAGAUUCGAGACAUCUGUCGCCCAGAAUUGGUACAGCCUGUGACAGAUCUGAUUGCAACGACAAUCAACGACGAUGUGACCGCUAUGGGGACGCCCUUGGAAAUGCGAAACCAAAGGACAUAUGCCGUCAAGUCUGGAGUCCACGGUCUCCUCGAUGUCGCUCGUCAGACAUACAAGGAGGCAACAGAGGAUGUACACCAGCAUGUAGAGGACAUCAAUAAGGAUCAUGACAUUGAUUCAGACUUGAAGUUUGACGAGCAGCGCAAGUUUUGGCUACGCCUGCGGCAGAGUGACUUUGAAGAUCGACCACUGCCAGCUAUCCUCAUCAACAAGGUCCGCAAGGGCAACUGGGUUGAAUGUCAGACUUUGAUGCUGGUCCAGCUCAACAAUCGCGUUACGGACUCUCACAACGAAGCAGUCAUGCUUAGUGACAAGGUCAUCCAAGAGCUUCUUGACUCGAUUCGAGCGCAUGUUCCAGACCUCUUCCGUGUCUGCGAAAGCAUCGCUCUUCUCGACAUGGUCGCAGCCUUCGGCCAGUCUGCUACCACUCGAGACUACGUGAGGCCCGAGUACAGCGAUAGCUUGGCACUAAAGGGUGCGCGUCACCCAAUUUGCGAACGAAUGCACCCGGAGCGGUUCGUACCAAAUGACGUCUUCGCAAAUGAACAGCAUCGGUUUCAGAUCAUCACUGGUUGCAAUAUGAGCGGCAAGAGCACCUACAUCCGGAUGAUUUCUCUCCUUCAGGUAAUGGCACAGGUUGGGAGUUUUGUUCCAUCGCAAUACGCCGCCUUUCCCAUCAUAGAACAGCUUUUCGUAAGAACGUCUACGGAUGAUAGCAUUGAGGCGAACAUGUCGACAUUCUCACUUGAAAUGAGGGAUAUGGCAUUCAUCCUUCGAAACAUCAACGACAAGAGCUUGGUGAUCAUUGACGAGCUUGGUCGCGCAACAAGCACGAGAGAUGGAUUGGCUAUAGCCCUCGCCACAUCCGAAGCCCUCGUGCAGAGCGGCUCCCUAGUGUGGUUUGCAACACACUUCCAAGAGCUUGCCGUUAUUCUAGGCAACCGACCAGGCGUUCUGAAUCUACAUUUGGCCACAGAAAUCCGUGAUAUGGACGAACAAUCCAAGAUGACCAUGUUGUACAAGAUUGCCUCUGGACCUGUUCAACUUAAAAACUAUGGACUGUACCUGGCACGUGCAAUUGGCUUUCCUGAACAAUUUCUCCGAGUCGCAGAAGACGUGUCCCAAACACUGGCGGACCGCAUCGAACAGAAGAAGCAGACUUCACAGUCGCGAAAACUGAUCCGCCAACGCAAGCUGAUCAUGAACCUUCACGAGUCUCUUGCACAGCUGCAUGAUUCUGAUAUGGAUGGGGCUGCAUUGGGGAGCUAUCUCAGGAGACUCCAGGGCGACUUCAUUAGCAGAAUGGAUGGAAUUGAAGGCGAGGGGCAGCCCGAUGUCGAUUAG